CUACUCGCCCUCCGUUUCGUCUCUCUUUUGCUGUCGGAACUCAUUUUCAAUUCGAAUUAACACUUGACUUUUCACCCUGCCUUCUCCCUUUUUUCAGUUCCGAUCAUACGAAGUCGUCGUGUCCUUCUCUCCCAGAAACCGUGCCUUUUUCAUCUAUCGCCGUACUCUAUCUCCUUCACAAAUCACGAAUCGAUUUGUUAAUGAUUUAGAGAAUUGAAAUUGGAGUUCUUGCUCAACAACUGUUGCGGUUCUAUUUUUUUGUGCUGUAUAGAAUUAGUAAUAUGCAAACAGAAUAUGAUAUCAAUCAUUUGGCGCGAGAGGCUCAAACUCGGUGGCUAAAGCCUGCUGAAGUGCUUUUCAUAUUGCAGAAUUACGAGGAGCACCAGCUCACACACCAAAUUCCUCAAAAACCAUCUGGUGGAUCUUUGUAUCUAUUCAACAAGAGAGUCCUGAAAUAUUUCCGUAAAGAUGGUCAUAGUUGGCGCAAAAGGAAGGAUCAGAGAACUAUUGCUGAAGCACACGAAAGGCUUAAGGUUGGGAAUGCUGAAGCAAUAAAUUGUUACUAUGCGCAUGGAGAGCAGAAUCCUAACUUUCAGAGACGCAGUUACUGGAUGUUGGACCCGGCUUAUGAGCACAUUGUUCUCGUUCACUACAGAGACAUUGAGGAGGGAAUGCAGAAUGCUAUAUUGGCAUCGCAGCUCUCACCAUUAGCUUCUUCAAUCUCCAGUCCAAGUCCCUUCUCUUUUACAACUCAGCAGCAAGGCUCUUCUGUUGUCAUUAACGAAUCUUAUGAACCAAAUCAAAAUACAUCAAGUCCUGGAUCUGUUGAAGUACAUUCUCAAGGAGUUGAGAGUCGUGGGAUAUAUCAGUCGGACAUUACAGGGAGGAUAGACGAGACUAAUAACUCAUCAGAUCCUGAUUUAGAUCAAGCAUUGAAAAGUAUCAAGCAGCAGUUAAGUUUAAAUGAUGAUGUGGUGGAAGAGAUCAAUAUGUUGUACAAUGAGAAUAAGGACUCAAAUUAUUUAGGAAACGCUCUAGAUGAUUAUGAUUUGUCUGCUCAGUGGCCAGAGGCUUCAGACGGUCUUCUUUUGCAACCAUGUUCAGGUGACAAUGUUGAGCAUCAUCAAUCACUCGCAGUCUCAGGUGUCGAAGUAAACAAUUGGGAAGAAAUAUAUGGUAGCUCUAAGAAUUUUCCAGAUGUCAAAUCAGAAGCAUAUGAUGCCCACUUGAAUGAAAAUGGGCUCAAUUCAUCAUCGAAUGAGCCAGCAAGGAAUCAAGAAAUUUACAAUUGGCCGAAUUUUGGUGGACAAGAUGCCCAAAAGUAUCCUGUAAUGAUUCCCCAGGAACAUGGGUCUAUCAGAUAUCCUUCAUACUCUUCCAUGAUGAAUACUUCUGAAACCAAUCAGGGCUACUAUCAAACCGAAUUUGGGCAAGGGCAGACCAGUUCUCUUCAUGAAAAUUUUAUUUUGAUGCAGAAGUUCACGAUCCGGGAGAUAUCUCCACAGUGGUGUUAUGCCUAUGAGGGUGCAAAGGUGAUAAUCAUUGGUACUUUCCACUACAAACCAUCAGAGUCUACAUGGGCUUGUAUGUUUGGUGACACUGAAGUGCCUGUUCAGAUUAUUCAAGAAGGUGUCAUAUGCUGCCAUGCUCCUGCACAGUUGCCUGGAAAAGUCCCGCUUUGCAUUACAUCUGGAAAUAGAGAGACCUGCAGUGAAAUCUGGGAGUUUGAAUACCGUGUUAAACCUAGUGUUUCCGCAGGCAAUAAUAUCCUGGAAAAAGAGGCUAGAAAGAGCCCAGAAGAACUCCUGUUGCUUGUGCGAUUAGUGCAGAUGCUUCUGUCUGAUCCACCGGAUCAAAAAGAAGAUGGCUCUGAAUCAAGAAGUGAUUUGUUGGGCAAAUCCAAAACGUCUGAAGACUCAUGGAGCCAAAUCAUUGAUGCUAUUUUGGUUGGCACUUCAACAUCAUUAAGCACCAUGGAGUGGCUUAUGCAAGAACUUCUGAGAGACAAGUUGGAACUGUGGCUUUCUUCUAGAUUACAAAAGAAUAACCAGCUGACCUGUUCUUUACCUAAAAACGAACAAGGGGUGAUACACAUCAUUGCUGGAUUGGGUUAUGAGUGGGCAUUGCAACCAAUUCUCAAUUCUGGAGUCAGCGUAAAUUUCCGUGAUAUCAAUGGUUGGACUGCGCUUCAUUGGGCUGCACGGUUUGGGAGGUAUGACAUUUUUAUUUAUCUUAAUCUUCUUUGGAUUUUUCAUUUUCUGGUAUGUUGACACUUGUUUGUAAAA